AUGGCGCGUGAAGGCCUUUUGCACAGAUUGUGUUCGGAAUACGAGAGGUCUGCGAGGUCGACCGAGGCUGGGCAGGCCAUGCAGGGGAAUGCUGGCCUGGGUCUGAGCCACGACGGCGACACCGUGGCCAGGAACGACUGCGACAGCGAGGGCUACCAAGGCUCGGUGAUGGCGCCCCUCGUCGCCGCCACCUUCAGCAGGUUCCACUGGUCCAAGUGCUCGAAGAGGGAGUACCACGGCAGAGCCCGCGCCUGGACCUGCAUGCUGAACAAACCGCAGUGGAAGAACGCCACCACCGUGUCCUCCACCAUCCAGUACCAGUAUUCUCUCGACGACCAGUGCCGGAUGGAGUUUGGCGAAGGCUUCGGGUUGUGCCAGCAGAUGAGCCUGACCGACCCCUGUAUCCACUUGUGGUGCAGUAAUUCUUCGUCGCCCCACCUGUGCAAGACCAAGAAGGGACCGCCCCUGGAAGGCACCAUCUGCGGGGACCAGAAGUGGUGCCGCCACGGCUUCUGCACGUCGAUGAGCCAGCGCGUGGAGGGCGGCGACGGCGGCGGUGGCGGAGGCGGCGGCGGCGGCGAGUCCCCGGUGCGGCACAACCCGCAGGACGGCGGCUGGGGCGCCUGGAGCGGCUGGGGGCCCUGCUCGCGCACCUGCGGCACCGGCGUCGCCUUCCGCACCCGCAAGUGCGACAACCCGCCGCAGGCCUGGGGCGGGCGGCGCUGCCGCGGCAAGCGCGAGGAGUGGAAGGUGUGCGGCACCGACGAGUGCCAGCUGCCGCGCCAGGACUUCCGCGGCCAGCAGUGCCACCUCCUGCCGCGCAUCGUCAAGCUGGACCGGCGGCGCGCGGCGCUCAGCUGGCUGCCCUACGAGCCCAAGAGCAGUGAGUUGCGCGGGCGCAAGAAGUGCCGCAUCUCCUGCUUCAGUCGCGCCACCAACGAGGUCUAUCGGCGCGAGAACGUGGUGGACGGACCUUGCUCCUACGACCAGCCCAACCACAUAUGCGUCCAGGAAAUGAAACAGAAACAGAAAGAAAUAAGGGAAGUGCGUGGCGAUGGGUGCGACCACGUGGUGGGGUCCCAAGAGCAGGAGGACGAGUGCGGGGUCUGCGGCGGCGACGGGGCCACGUGCGAGCGCCGGGAGGUCGUCUACGAGCAGGUGCCUCCGCCAGGCUACAGCGUGGUGGCCCGACUUCCCGUGGGCGCCCGUAGUAUAGCCGUCCGGGAGGAGCUCGCCACGCCCAACUUCCUGGCACUCGGACCCGACAACAACAACAACAACAACAACAACAACAACAACAACAACGUCAGGAACAUCACGGUGCCCAGUGUCAUCUUCCUGAACAGCGGCGGCACUCAGGAACCUCCGAUGAGUAUCGUCUGCAAGGGCGCGAGGUUCCACUACAGCGACUCCGACGGGCGUGAGCUCCUGCAGGCGCGCGGACCCCUGCUACGCCCAGUCCUCGUCCUGGUCCACGGCUCCGAGUCCCGCGAGGAGGCGCGCAUCACCACGAGCUACCUGACGCGGCCGCGGGAGGAGCACUACCAGUGGGAGGUCGGCCCCUACACCGCCUGUUCCGUGUCCUGCGGCGGAGGGCAGCAGCACCAGACGCUCGUGUGCCGGGACCGCCGCUCCGACCUGCAGGUGUUCCACGACCGCUGCGCCCACCUGGCCCGCCCACACCUCAAGAGCACCGACUGCAACACCUUCGGGUGCGAAGCCCGGUGGGUGACGGGCCCCUGGGAGCACUGCUCGACCACGUGCGGGCCCCACGGCGUGCAGGAGCGCGAGGUGGCCUGCGUGACGCUUCCUCAGGCUGACUCUGCCAACUGGACGGCGGGCAUCGUGGACCCCGAGCGCUGCAGUGCCACGCCGAUGCCCGAGGCCGUGCGCGAGUGCCUGAGGGAGCCGUGUCCUGCGCACUGGAUGCCCCUCGGAUGGGGACAGUGCUCGACCACGUGCGGCGCGGGGACGCAGGCGCUGCAGUGGGAGUGCGUGGGCGGCGGCGGCAACGAGGUCACGUACGACUGCGGGCCGCGCCCUCGCCAGACGCGCGCCUGCGAGGACAGCCCGCCGUGCCCGCCCCCGCCCUGCCAGAGCGACGCCUCCGAGUUCUGCCAGCUGCCCGUCCUGCACCGGUACUGCAAGGUGCCCAAGUACCGCGAGCUCUGCUGCCACACCUGCGCCAACGUCCUGGUCUGAGGCGGCGGCGGAAAGGCGGCGGGGAGAGCCAGGGCGGCGGCGGCGGCGGCGCGGAAGGAAGGAAGGAGCUGCCUGUGAUAGACAGAUGAGAUUGUGAGACUCUUAUUUAAACAAAAGACUUCGAAGGGGACACACGGGGUCAGCGGAGGGAGGAGGGAGGAGGGGGCGUGCGGAGGGAGGAACGCAACUGCCGAUUGCAAAGCUUUACAUUGA